AUGAACGCGACUUUCGAACACGACUCAAUUCCAGUUGGGGUCGACAGCUGCACAUCCUCAACAGUCGGUGGCAUAAGGCACCUUUUCGUUGGGAAAUUGACUCCAGUGAAGGGUAUGAAAUUGGAAGGAGCCUCUGGCUCCAUCCCAAUCGUUGCAAAAGGCACUCUGCAAUUGGUUUUCGCGGACGACAAUGGGCACACGCAUCAGCACCUGAUACACGAUGCCUACUAUGCUCCACGACUGAAGCUGACUUUACUGAGUCCACGCCAAUGGUCAAAGCAAGGUCCAACUAAAAGAAAGGGAAUGGAACCAAUCCGAAACUUCAAUGUGUGUGGUGACACCGUGGAACUACGUUUUGAGAACAAUUGCGUCCGAACUGUCCCAUUUGACAGCGAAACAAACCUACCGCUCCUGAUGACAAAGCCCGGCUACUCUUCCUUCUCUUCACACCUCAAAUCUCAGCACAUUACGGCACAAGAAGCACGGAUCCGACCAACAGCUUUGACCUUCCAAGAUCUGCACCUCCCUGACGGAACACACCCCAAUCCUCCAUCAGAACGACAAUGUCAAGAUUGCGACCCCAAGGAAAAAGAUCCUUUCGACCUGCACGGGACUACAGCACCAAGCCUUGCCAAGACCUUUGUCGAUAACUUUGAAGAGCCACCAGCAGUCCUUGAAGAUUUCAAUUUUGAAUCCCUCCUCACUGGUGAAUGGGAUGAUACAGCGCCAGAAGCAACUCUACCAUCGCUAAAUGAGACGGAUAAAAAGACUAUUUUGCUCCGAUGGCACUACCGCCUCGGACACAUGCCUUUCAAGCACCUCAAAGCCAGUGCCAAAGAAGGCCUCAUCGAUCGUCGGCUCGCAACUAUCAAAGAAUUCCCAUUCUGCCCCCGUUGUCAAUUUGGAAAGGCAACCCGACGACAAUGGCGACAUCGCUCCAAGAAGAAAGACGGCAGUCGCAAGACUCCACGUCAAGCAACCAAGCCUGGAUCGGUCGUGUCGGGCGACACCAUGAGCUCCACUAGCGUCCCAGGUCUGAUGCCCCAACUUCGCGGACACCCCACUCUAGCACGAUUUCAUUAUGCUACAGUCUUUGUUGAUCACUACAGUGACCUGGACUACGUGCACCUUCACCAAUACAACGAUGCCAACUCAGUUCUUGAAGCCAAACUUGCGUUUGAACGCCAUGCAAACAGUUACGGUGUGCGCAUCCAACACUAUCACUGCGACAACGGAGUUUUUGCUGAUAAUUCCUUCAAGGCAGCAUGCAAAGCUGCACACCAAACACACACCUUCUGCGGAGUCAAUGCUCAUCAUCAAAAUGGCAAAGCCGAGAAGCGUAUCCGUGACCUUCGUGACUCCGCUCGCUCCAUGCUUCUCCUUGCAAAGCACAACUGGCCAGCGGCCAUCACAGCGCAUCUUUGGGGUUUCGCUAUGGUUUACGCUUCCCAAAUCCGCAAUUCCACUCUUCGAGAGGGAGAACACAGGACAGCCCUUCAAAAAUUUGUUGAUUCUGAUGACAAACCAAAUGUCAACGUCUUCCAUACUUUUGGUUGUCCCAUCUACAAUCUGGAUCCAAAACUACAGAGUGGAAGCUCCUUGGAAAACAAAUGGUGUGAUAGGGCGCGAAUUGGCAUUUUCCUUGGCCUCUCACGCGAACACGCAAAUUCGGUAUCGCUUGUUCUAAACCCUGACACAGGAUUGACCUCACCUCAAUUUCAUGUGACGCACGACGAACGUUUCGAGACGACAGACAUCCCAGCAAUGAAGAAUAUUGGACGGUGGCAGGGAUUGACUCGAAUUCAUGAGAAGAGAUCCACAAAGAAGCCCAAAGCAAACAAAAGAAGAAAAAUAUCUCACACUCAGGUGCCAGAGUCAAGUGGUACCGAAACUCCAACGUCAGAGCCGAUUGACGAGAGAGGACACCUCCAAGCAAAGCGCCACGAGCUCUCGACUCCAACAUCAGAGACCAUUGAUGAGAGAGGACACCUGGAAGCACAAAGCCGACAGCUCUCGACAACUGAGCGUAACGGUCAAGAUAGACUAGCUCAAACUGGCGGAACGGGGAACCCGAGGGACACCAGCAGAAACGUGCUGCCUCAGAGGGAGAACGGAAAGCCAUCCCCGAGGGACACCAGUUUACUGCCUCAGAGGGAGAAUCCGAGGGACAACGGCAAAGACUUGCUGCCUCAGAGGGAGAGUUAUAGGGACACCAGCAGCUUGCUGCCUCAACUCUCCCACCAGACCCAAAGUCGAGAAAUGAGGGAGAACCGGAGGACCACCAGCACACAUUCACUGCCUCCAUCCUCCCGAAAGGCUGAAGGUCAAACCCAAGGUCGAGAAAUGAGGGAGAGUCAACGGGACACCAGCCCAAAUUUGCUGCCACGACUCUCCCGAAAGGCCAAAGGUCCAACAACACCGUUACUUGAUAGCGCGACUUUCAAACAUCCAGCUCUUCAGAGGGAGGACAAUGCGGGAACCCGUACAAUCCAAGCACUGAAGACCCACAAAUCUCUCUCUCAAAAGCGCAAGCGAGGGAGAGACGACAGGGAAGAAAACACAGCAAGUACCCUCGACCAAAAGCGUCUUGAAUUUGAACUAACUUUGCGUUCUUACAGGACAGUCAUUGCAAGGGAAGUCCAUGCAGAAGAACUAGUGGACGAAUGCAUCACUGCCAAUCCAAUGGCCUUUGCAGCGACGUUAGCAGAUGAGGAUACAAUGUACCUGCACCAAGCGAAGAAAGAAAGAGAUUGGAUUCACUUCCACACCGCAAUGGUCAAAGAAAUUGAAGAUCAUACGAAAGGAGGUCAUUGGGAGAUAGUUCCAAGAAAAUCUAUGCCACAAGGGCACAAAGCGAUGCGAGGUGUUUGGUCAAUGAAACGAAAACGCCGUGUUGGAACUGGCGAAAUUUACAAAUGGAAGGCACGACUAUGCAUUGAUGGGAGUUCACAAGAAAAAGGCGUGAAUUACUGGGAUACGUAUUCACCAGUUGUUGCAUGGGAAACGAUUCGAAGCCUACUAACACUCGCUAUAAUGAAUGGUUGGACAACGCGACAGAUCGACUUUGUCCUUGCAUUCCCACAAGCAGAAGUUGAAUGCCCAAUGUACAUGGAAAUUCCGCGAGAAUGCUAUGUGGACGGGUCAGAGUACAACGAACAAAACGUUCUUUUAUUAAAGAAGAACCUUUACGGGGCCAAGCAGGCGGGCAAGGUAUGGUUCGAUUUUCUCCGAAAGGGGCUGAAGGACAUCGGUUUCAAACAAUCGAAGGUCGACAAAGCAGUCUUCUAUAAGGGCGAGACAAUUUUUAUCGUUUAUGUGGACGAUGCAAUUUUGAUGGGUCCAAACGGACGCGAAAUUAAUGACGUCAUCAAACGGCUCGGACAAAAGUACAAAUUAACGGACGAAGGCGAUUUGAACGAAUAUCUCGGAAUCAAAAUGACCAAGACGAGCGAAGGUCGAGAAUUGACCCAACCCGCCUUGAUCCAACGCAUUCUUGAAACGGUAAACAUCGACCUGGACCGCGGAGCACGACGAGAAGUCAGAACACCAGCAAACAAAGUUUUACACAAAGAUGAAGGUGGGCUAACGCGUCAACUUCAUUGGGACUACCGUUCUGUAAUUGGAAUGCUAAAUUGGCUGGCAAGAUCGACGCGACCUGAAUUGAUCUUUGCGGUCUCUCAAGUCGGACGAUUCAUGGCCUUUCCCAAGAGAUCCCACGAGGAUGCCGUAAUGAGAAUCUGCUGUUACCUUCGCGACACACGCGACAAGGGUAUGUUCAUGAAGCCAAAAUCUGGAAAGGGCUUUGAAGUAUAUGCGGACGCAGAUUUUGCAGGCGGCUUCAACAAACACAGCGCCGAAGACCCAGCAACUGCAAAAUCGCGAACAGCUUACCAUAUCAUGUUUAACAAUUGCUUGAUCUAUUCACAUUCCAAGAUGCAGACAGAGAUCGCUUUAAGCACCACGGAGGCCGAAUACAUCUGUCUUUCCCAGGCACUGCGAACUGUGCUCGUUUUAAUCCGAUUUUUCAAAGAACUCGCAAAGAGAAUCAAAUCUUUCAACUAUACCAAACCGAUUUUCAAAUGUAAAGCUUUCGAGGACAAUAAUGGAGCAAUCGAACUCGCGACAGCCGACAAACUUCGCCCACGCACCAAACACAUUAACAUCAAGUAUCAUCACUUCAAGAAGUCGGUCCGCAAAGGGGAAGUUUCCAUUCAGAAAAUCGACACAAAAGAUCAAUUGGCCGAUAUCGGAACAAAACCACUCGACGCCGCCACCUUCGUUGCUCUCCGCUACCUCCUUAUCGGUUGGUAA